AUGGCUGUCAAGGUCGGUAUCAACGGUUUCGGCCGCAUCGGUCGCAUUGUCUUCCGCAACUCUGUCGAGCACCCCGACAUCGAGGUUGUUGCCGUCAACGAUCCCUUCAUUGAGGCCAAGUACGCUGUGAGUAACGCCCAAGCUAUCCAAGCUAUUUCGAACAUUAUACUUGCAACACGAUCGGGGGUUGGGAGCUACUGGCUGCUGGUCGUGACUGGGAGGGGUGAGGGGCGACCGUGUUUGCCCCUCUAUGAGCUCUUCCAAGCUUUGCCCCUCCAUGAGGUCACCCCACGCACGCGUUACUGUGGCUGCAUGCAAACCACUGGAAUCCCCCUACCCCUCCCCCACCAACCAACCAACCCUAAUUACAACCAGCUCCUGGAUGCCUACAUGCUCAAGUAUGACUCCUCCCACGGUGUCUUCAAGGGCGACAUUGAGGUCUCUGGCAACGAUCUCGUUGUCAACGGCAAGACCAUCAAGUUCUACGGCGAGCGCGACCCCGCUGCCAUCCCCUGGAAGGACACUGGUGCCACCUAUGUUGUUGAGUCCACUGGUGUCUUCACCACCACCGAGAAGGCCAAGGCUCACUUGGCUGGUGGUGCCAAGAAGGUCAUCAUCUCGGCCCCCUCUGCCGAUGCCCCCAUGUACGUGAUGGGUGUCAACAACGAGACCUACGACGGCAAGGCCGACGUUAUCUCCAACGCUUCUUGCACCACCAACUGCUUGGCUCCUCUCGCCAAGGUCAUCCACGACAACUACACCAUCGUCGAGGGUCUCAUGACCACUGUUCACUCUUACACUGCCACCCAGAAGACCGUCGAUGGUCCUUCCGCUAAGGACUGGCGAGGUGGCCGUACCGCUGCUACCAACAUCAUCCCCAGCAGCACUGGUGCCGCCAAGGCCGUCGGCAAGGUCAUCCCCGACCUCAACGGCAAGCUCACCGGCAUGUCCAUGCGUGUGCCCACCGCCAACGUCUCCGUUGUUGACUUGACUGUCCGCAUUGAGAAGGCUGCUUCUUACGACGCCAUCAAGCAGACCAUCAAGGAUGCCGCUGCUGGCCCUCUCAAGGGCAUCCUCGACUACUCCGAGGAUGACCUCGUCUCCACCGACUUGAACGGCAACACCCACUCCUCCAUCUUCGAUGCUAAGGCCGGUAUCGCCCUCAACGAGAACUUCCUCAAGCUUGUCAGCUGGUAUGACAACGAGUGGGGCUACUCCCGUCGUGUUCUUGACCUCAUUUCCUACAUCUCCAAGGUCGACAACCAGUAA